UAGGGGUAGACAAUAAAGAGAAGAAAAGCAGGAGUCUGGGUAUUGGGGGUCCAGUCUGCGCCUGAGCUGUCAUUGAGUAGUGGGGGGCAGAAAGGGAAGUUCACACACAGGAAACCACAGGCAAGCAGAGCAGAGAAGAAAGCUUGGAGUGGUCUGGGGGACUGGACUCAACAGGCCCCCAGGAGUCCAAGAAGACCCCACUGCAGCCGUCUGACAAUGAUUGAUGUGAUUCAGUCAGCCACGCACCAGUAUCAUCUUUAAUUCUUACAACACCCUGGACGUAGGAAUUAUCAUGCCCAUCUUUCAGAUGAGGAAACAGGAAUCAGAGCUUGCCCAGGGUCACGCAAUCAGGAUUUGAACCUGUAUGUCUCAGGCCCCCACAACUCAACCACUGAAGGAGACUGAAGCAGAGACCAGGGUCCCGGUAGGAAGGUGACUGCAGAUAGGCUUUGAGGGCGGGGCUGUGGCUUCUCUGAUCUCAGGCCCUUUCUCCACCGCCCAGGCCCCGCCUCUACCCCUCCCAGCAUUGCCUGGAAGUGUGGGGUGAGAGCUCCUCUUAGGACACCCCUUCCACUUAGGGAAAGAAUCGCGCCCCCCAGGCUCUACCCAGGAUAGGAUCCUCUCCUCCUUCCUCAUCAGCACCCCGCCUCCCCCCGGGGCAGGGAGUACGGCCACCUGCAUCCCCACCCUCCAGGCCCCAGGGCCCACUGGCCCCAGAGCAGUCAAGCUGAGAUGACGGUCAAGCUAGAUUUUGAGGAGUGCCUUAAGGACUCACCCCGCUUCCGAGCCUCUAUCGAGCUGGUGGAAGCCGAAGUGUCGGAAUUGGAGACCCGGCUGGAAAAGCUCCUCAAGCUGGGUAAUGGCCUCCUGGAAAGUGGGCGCCACUACCUUGCCGCCAGCCGGGCCUUCAUUGUUGGCAUUUGUGACCUGGCCCACCUGGGUCCACCAGAGCCCAUGAUGGCGGAGUGUCUGGACAAAUUCACUCAGAGCCUGAGCCACAAGCUGGACAGCCAUGCAGAGCUUCUAGAUGCCACCCAGCACACACUGCAGCAGCAAAUCCAAACUCUGGUCAAGGAAGGUCUCCGGGGCUUCCGAGAGGCUCGCCGGGAUUUCUGGCGGGGGGCUGAGAGCCUGGAGGCUGCUCUUACCCACAACGCAGAGGUCCCCAGGCGCCGGGCCCAGGAGGCAGAAGAGGCCGGAGCUGCUCUGAAGAUUGCUCGAGCCGGGUACCGGGGACGGGCCCUGGAUUAUGCCCUGCAGAUCAAUGUGAUUGAGGACAAGAGGAAGUUUGACAUCAUGGAGUUUGUGCUGCGUCUGGUGGAGGCCCAGGCUACCCAUUUCCAGCAGGGCCACGAGGAGCUGAGCCGGCUGGCCCAGUAUCGCAAGGAGCUGGGUGGCCAGUUACACCGGCUGGUCUUGAAUUCGGCUCGAGAGAAGAGGGACAUGGAGCAGAGACACGUGCUGCUGAAACAGAAGGAGCUGGGUGGGGAAGAGCCAGAGCCAAGCCUAAAGGAGGGGCCUGGUGGCCUGGUCAUGGAAGGGCACCUCUUCAAACGGGCCAGCAAUGCCUUUAAAACCUGGAGCAGACGCUGGUUUACUAUUCAGAGCAACCAACUGGUUUAUCAGAAGAAGCACAAGGUGAGUAGGCCCGGGUCCUGGAUGCCUGGGCCCAGGAGGACUCAGCCCUGCUGUGGCUGCCUGGAUGCCUGCCCCCCGAUCCCCUUUCCCUGCCAGGACCCUGUGACUGUGGUGGUGGAUGACCUUCGUCUCUGCACAGUGAAGCUCUGUCCUGACUCAGAAAGGCGGUUCUGCUUUGAGGUGGUGUCCCCCAUCAAGUCCUGCCUCCUGCAGGCUGACUCAGAGCGCCUCCUGCAGCUGUGGGUCAGUGCUGUGCAGAGCAGCAUCGCUACGGCCUUCAGCCAGGCUCACCUUGAUGACAGCCCCCGGGGUCCAGGCCAGAGCCACUCUUUCUUCCCCUGUCUCCCCCAGGGCUCAGGACCCCUGGCCAUGGGCUCCGCCGCCACCCUGGGCUCUGGCGGGAUGAGCAGGGGAAGGGAUUCUGGUGGAGUCGGGCACGUGGCAGCCCAGGUGCAGAGCGUGGACGGCAACGCCCAGUGCUGUGACUGCCGGGAGCCGGCCCCUGAGUGGGCCAGCAUCAACCUGGGCGUCACCCUCUGCAUUCAGUGCUCCGGCAUCCACAGGAGCCUUGGAGUUCAUUUCUCCAAAGUCCGGUCCCUGACCCUUGACUCAUGGGAGCCGGAACUCGUGAAGCUCAUGUGUGAGCUGGGGAAUGUCAUCAUGAACCAGAUCUAUGAGGCCCGUGUGGAGGCCAUGGCCGUGAAGAAGCCAGGGCCCAGCUGCUCCCGGCAAGAGAAGGAGGCCUGGAUUCACGCCAAAUACGUGGAGAAGAAGUUCCUGACCAAGCUUCCUGAGAUUCGCGGGCGAAGAGGUGGCCGGGGGCCCCCGAGGGGGCAGCCUCCUGUGCCCCCAAAGCCGGGCACCAUCAGGCCCCAGCCCGGGAGCUUCAGACCCAAGCCAGAGUCACCCUCUGAAGACCUGGGCAGCCUGCACCCUGGGGCCCUGCUCUUUCGAGCUGCUGGGCAUCCUCCAUCCCUUCCCACCAUGGCUGAUGCCCUCGCCCAUGGAGCCGAUGUCAACUGGGUCCACGGGGGACAGGAGAACGCCACACCACUGAUCCAGGCCACAGCUGCGAAUUCUCUUCUGGCCUGUGAGUUCCUCCUCCAGAACGGAGCAAACGUGAACCAAGUGGACAGCCACGGCCGAGGCCCGCUCCACCACGCGACCAUUCUUGGCCACACAGGGCUGGCCUGCCUAUUCCUGAAACGGGGGGCCGAUCUGGGAGCCCGAGACUCUGAAGGCAGAGACCCCCUGGUCAUCGCCGUGGAAACAGCCAACGCUGACAUCGUCACUCUGCUGCGAUUGGCAAAGAUGAGGGAGGUCGAUGCGGCCCAGGGCCAGGCUGGAGACGAGACGUAUCUCGAUAUCUUCCGCGACUUCUCCCUCAUGGCGUCCGACAACCCGGAGAAGCUGAGCCGGCGUAGCCAUGACCUACACACACUUUGACCCCAGGCCUUCGAGGGCCCGCAACCCCCUUCCCUGCCCUUCCCACCGCCCGCCCCUUUCUAUUAAAGCCUUUGUGCUUUGCUCUUCCAA